AUGUCUUGCAUAAUGACCUCUGUAUUGAUUAGCCACUCAGAGCAGGGCAGGACAGAGCAGAGGCCGAACAUUGGACGCUGCAAACCAAUUAAAGAUCUCCACCCAGUAAAGUCCGCUAGACCUUUGGCCCCAGGAGAUGUCUUGUCAUUACACCAGGACCUCCUUGGGGUAGGACCUAGGGAAACCACACAGGAAGAACAGCAGGGGAGGACAGGCAGCAUGCAUUUGAGAAUCAUUCUUGUGGCCACCAGCUUAGUUUUUGCCUUUGUGAAUGUUUCAAGAGCCCAGCUAGGGAAGUCCGGGGCCGGUCCUGAUUUGGGGGCCACUGGGUUGUGGGAGGGCUCGGCUCCCAACAACUCGGCUCCCAUCAGUAACAGCUCCUCCCCGUCCAGGGGGGUCCUCCCGGGGUUCUGCUACCUGGGAGUGUCCGUCCUGGGCUUCGGCUCCUCCAUGGUACCCGUACGAAGCCGGGACGUUGGCGACGGUUUUUUCUACCAGCUGAUUUUCUGCGGCACCAUGGCCCUCGAGGCUCUCUUUGCCUUCGUGAUCCGAGGCUUUCCAGAGGUCCGGGCCCUGGGCCUUCUGGCAGGCUUCCUGUAUAGCUUGGGGAAUUUGGCCACUGUGCCCAUCAUUAAGACCAUUGGACUUGGUCUGGGCACCCUGAUCUGGUCCAUUUUCUCUCUGCUCAUUGCGUGGGCCACGGCCAGAUUUGGCUGGUUUGGGAUUGACCCACAAGACGUGCCUAAUCCUACCCUCAACUAUAUUGGAACUGGAUUCACAGCAAUGAGUCCCCUGAUACUCUUCUUCCUCAAGACGGACGACAGGCCGGAGGAGGAGGACAACGAAAGGCAGCCGCUUCUGCAGCGAGGCAACCUAGUACAGGUUGGACGUGGAUCCCGCUUCAUUUAAUAUAUUUAAUAGUCCCCUGCUGUAAUCCCACAUCAACCUGAUGAGUAAUGCAAGAACCAAAAGAAGGGACAUGUUAAUCUGGUCAAAUUUAUAAUCAUGGCAAUGCACGUCAUCACAAAUAGAUGAUUUACUGUGUGCAACUGUCAGGAUGUUUGUCCUGAAGCUGAUGUUUCGCUAGGUAUUAAGAAUGAUUGAGUUUAGGUGCUGGUGAAGUUUAACCAAGUUUAUUUCCCAUGAAAUAUUGUGAAAUAUAUUUAAAAAGUAUAUUUAAAAUGAAAAAUAAUAGUUUGUCACUAUAACAAUUGCAUCACCAAAAUACAUACGGGUAAUAAUAACCACUUCUGUCUCUAGCUUGGCCCUGAAGAUACCCUGAAGAUCAGCUUAUUUGAUAGUCUCAGUCACCCGACCAAAAGGAUCCUGGGUACCGUACUUGCUGUCUGUUCAGGAAUCUGCUAUGGGUGUUCGUACACACCCAUCUUAUACAUAAAGGACAAUUCCUUGAAGAACCACACGCACUUCCGCGGUGCAAGUCAGUUUGACCUGGACUAUCUUUUUCCACAUAUGGUUGGGAUUAAUGCACUGACCACAGUGGUUUUCUUCGGAUAUUGCUUUGUUCUGAAAAAUAGGCCUCAGUUACCAAACUGUGUGGUACCCGCUUUCCUCGGUGGAUCCCUUCAUUUUGUUUCCUACUUCGCCUUCUUUGAAGCUUGCUAUUACCUGGGAACGAUCAUCACAUACCCAAUUGGCUGCACAGGUCCAGCAUUGAUAUCUCUUCUAUGGAGUGUAUUUUACUUUAAAGAACUAAGAGGUUUGAGAAAUAUCCUUAUCCUGGCAGCUGUGAUCGUCACUGUUGUAUGCGGAGUCACUUUGAUUACUUUGUCAAAGAUUGACCCCUGAGAUCAACAUCAUGCCCUGUUGUUUUAACAACUGUCUACGGAUAAUCUCUCGGUCGUUUAAUGGCUAAAUACGUUAUGAUUCUGUGCAUCGGAACUGCCUUUGCAUCAACGACAUGGUCUGAAAAAUAUGUACAGGUCAACACCCAAGAACGUCUCUUUAAAACUGCAAUACCAAGAAGGAACUACAAUACCCAGAGGACAUUGCAAACAACACCCGCACGUCUGCAAAAGGCUGCCGUCUCGUUGAUACACAAACGAAUGGAUCUAAAUUAAAGUUGUGACAUUUUA